GAGGGAAGUUCAGAAAGAUUUGUACAGUUUCCUAUGCCGCGAAAAUCUCACAUUGGAUUGAAUGCUGUUUUAUACCGUUAUCUUAGAUUAUGAGGAAAGUAUGACAGUACAUGUAUGUCAGUAGUAAGCCUGAGCAAAGCAAGGACGUCGUGAGAGUCAGCUGUUGUCAAACUGAACAGCAGAAGUCUUAGCAGACCGUCCUCACCUCACUGGGUCGACACGUUCCAGUCUGCGGAUUUUAAAGACUUGAGAAAAUGGAGACUGUAUCUGAGACAGAUGUGCAGUUCUGGAUGGCCAAAGCCGUGGACUGGGGGGAGGCUACGUCAUGUUCUGUUCUUCUGGACACAAGCAGACACCUUGGCUCUCUGAGGAGCUUUCUCCAGCAAGUUCUGCAGGGGUUGCAACAAAUGAGUUCCACUAGUGAGGCCAUGAAGACGUUUCCUUUUGUGGGCCAGUUCCUGGGAAGACUUUGUUGGAACCCAUGUGUUAUUGCGGAUGAUAGGAGCCAGAGACUCCUGCUGUGGUGUUUGAGCUGUCUGUACAGCGCUGAGCCACUGAAUGCUGUCGAACGAAAAGCCAACAUGUGGAUCAAGAAUAUGUUGUGUCAUCUGAUCUCGGAGGAGGAGGGCAGUGUAGCUCAUGCUACAGUAAAACAUGCUGGAUUAACCCCGAAGCGAUACCACUCAGAGGCUCUUCAGAAGGUUGUGUCAUUGAUGAUAGAGGAGGUCAUUAAAAGCUGUGACGGCUUGCCAAACACAUCAGCCAGGUGUUCAAAUGGGAAUAUUCAUGCCAUGUCAACGGCAUGUGCUGCCUUGGUCACAUGUCCUCAGAUGUCUCCUCUUAUUGGAGCUCUGUUGAAGCAUUCCAUGUUGUGUGGCUCUUCCUGUCUGAAUCAAGAGUUCAUUAAGGAAAUCAGUGAGGCCUUGAUCAGUAAGAGGCUUGUGUUGGAGGAUGAGGCCGUAGUGAAUCUGUGGUGUUGUAGUCCCACCUGUCUGGAGGGGGCAGCAGUGAGCUUACUGGAAUCUGUGCUGUCUGACCAUGAAACACUGACACAGAGUCUGGACAAAUAUGUUAAUGACUCAUUACUGCCUCAAGCUUCAGCCGAUCACUGUCACAUCUUCCUCACAGUCAAUGAAAUUUUCAGGAAUGUGCUGAUAGAGAUCGAUGAGAACCUGGCCAUGAGAGUCCUCGUACAGGUUUUCACUGUCUGCUUCCUCCAGAGACUGACUGGACAGAAACCCCAGGAUCGUCUACCACUCAGAGCCUACUUCCCACAUGUGAUGCCCAGUUUACUCACUCCUUUACUGACAGCACCAUCAGAGGUUCCCAGGGAAGCCUGGCUGGAUCAUCUGAGCUGGAUCAGAAGUUUAUUUCAGAGCGUGACGGAGAAUGAGGACGCGGGGGAAGAUGUCAGGGCGUAUCAGGCUGUCUUUGAGGCUUGGUUCCUGCUGGUGCAGUGUGGGUAUUGGGUAGACACAGCUGCUGAGCUGCUUGUUCUGGCAGCGCCUGAGAAUGCCGGACCACUGCUGUGGCUCCUGACGUUCUUCCACCACCCCACCAACAGAGGGCACCAGAGGUCCCAACAAAUCGCAGUGGCCAGAGAAGCAUGGUCUCAUCUAAGGAUGCUGUUUCUCACUCGUCCUCCCCCUCCCAGACACCUCAGUGCUGUGAAAGAGCUCCUGUCCUCCUCCCUUUCAGCAAACCUCGUUUUGCAUUUGUUUUCAAACUUCACCGUCUUUUCCCAUGGACCUGUUAGCAUUAUCACUGAAAUAACUGACAAGGUGCUGACUGAGGCUGCUGUGAAGCGCAGGGCACUGUGGAUCCUCGCCUCAAUACGCUGCAGACUAAACAGUGCUGCUACGCGGGACGACAGGGUUCAUUCCAGGCUGAGGACUCUUCAGGACACCCUCCUCCAAACCUGAGAGCCUCACAUAAAAAGUCCCAGCUUCGAGCGCUCGCCGAAACUAUUUAUUAGGACAAGGAAUCCUGGCGUGGCUCAGUUACGCACCGAAAAGCUGGGUGGGACGAUAUGGCAUUUAUAGAAGAGAAGCCCAGCUGCCGUUUUUAACUUUAAAAGCAGUGGGUGUUCUCCCCCUAAACCCAAGAGGGGCCUCCGCACUUGAUGUAUUGAGCCAAAUAAAAGGAACACAUGUAUUUCUAUCUGUGUGUUUGGGUGACAUCAAACGUGAAUGGGAGAAAGUAAAUUUCUAGGGAUGUGACUGCUGUCAGAUCUGCGGUUGUAUUUCCUGAGUGUUUGGACUCUGAGUCUUUGUUGUUUGACUGCGGAGCUCCGUCUAGCUAACACGCCGUUUGUCUUCGCUCACUGUCCUCCCACACACUCUUCUGACAGGAGAGCAUGCCGGAGUCCUUCUCACCACAUGAACGCUCACAUCUGUGUGUGUGUGUGUGUGUGUACUCCCAGCGCAGGGCCUCUUGAAUAGUUCAGUCUCUGUGUACUGUACUUUCUAGACUCCAUCAUCACUAGUGCUUCUCCGUGGGUCUCCGUCUCCCUGUAGGGCCAUUUCCUCUGAGCGUUUUCCCUAUUCAGACCGCUCAAGCAUGUGUUUAUAACUCAAAACUGGGUCAUACUCAAUUUACGGCCUUGCUAAACUAUAUAAGAAUGUCACUGUUGUCUUUCAUUGGGAUGCUAUUAAAUUACAUUUAAAGGAAUAGUUCACCCAAAAAUUAAAAUUUGUUGAAUUUACUCAACUUCAGGCCUUCCAAGAUUUUGUUUAAUUGGAGUAUUUUUUUUGUGAAAUUUUGUAUUAAAUCACUUCCUCCAAUGAAAAAGCCCAUCGCCCUCACAUC